AUGUCUAAUCCUAUUGGAACAAAUAAAACCAAAGCUGCUAAACCAAAACCUGAACCAACCACUGGUACCUCAAGACAAGGUGCUGGUACAAUCCCAGGUAUUAACCAGAACCCCGAACUUGGUCCUUCUGACAACGCUGCACCAGUUGAUAUGAUUAUCUGGCCUCGCACUACGCUCUGGCCUUGGGAAAACUUGUCUCUGAACUUUCUGACAAGCGCUUUAAUCUUGCAGUCGGCCGAUUUAUGUUUAGCAUUCCCGCACACCCAACAUGUUACGUCUUUCGAUUCAACCAAACAUUUUACAAUAUGUGAAAAGGAAUUGAUGGCGAUCUACAACACAUUGCAAAGUAUACAUCAUUUAUUAGUUGGAUAUCAUGGGGUAGUCACGAUAUUUUGCGAUAAUCGAGCAUUAAUAGACCUUUUAGAUAAGCCACUCACGAACAGGCACGCGGUAAAUCGACUUUAUAAAUGGCUUAGAUUUGUUAGAAUGUUUAACUAUGAAAUUCACCACAUAGAUGGGAAAAAGAAUGUCAUCGCAGAUGCAUUAAGUAGGGUCCAAGAAACAGAUACUACAAACCCCAUUUUGCCGGUAACUAUUCUCAUGAAAGAUAUGCGAAAGAAAUUGACGGCCCAAAGCAAUUCAGUUGAACUUUCAGGUCCAAAGUAUGGAAAAUUUAGUUUAAAUGCAAUUAAAUCAUAUUGGCAAACACUACAAGUACCAAAUGAAUAUUGUGACCCACCGCGUCUUCGGAAACAAUUUAUCUAUGAGUUUUACUUAAAUGGUAAAGAUUUAUAUAAGAUAGGUUCCAAAGGAGGCUUCUCCCGAAAGGUAGUCACCGAUCCUAAAGAGUUAGAGAAAAUUCUUACUACAACACAUGAAUUAAGAGGGCAUUUGAAAGUACAAAACGCUUUCAAUAUGAUCAAUUAA